AUGCAAGUAACCAAGCAAGUCCAAGUACCUUUCCGAAUUGGGAAGUAUGAGGACGUGGUGCUAUACGAUGUGCUCCCGUUGCAAGCAAAUCACGUAUUACUGCGGAGACUGUGGCAAUUUGACAAAGGAGUUACCUUUGAUGGCAUUACCAACAAGUACUCCUUCAAGCAAGGCAAAAAAAGGAUUAUUCUUGUACCACUAACUCCUAGCCAAGUUUGUGAGGAUCAAGAGAGUUUGAUAAAAGAAAGUGAGCUAGAGAGUAAGAAGAAAAAGAAAGAAGAAGCCGAGAGCUCAAAAGAAAGUGAAAAGGCCAAGAAAAUUGAGAGGAAAAAGGCAAAUGGUGAACCGGCCAAAGAAGAAAAAAAAGAGAGAAGGCAAAAUCUAUUGAUAAAGGGCAAUGUAGUGAGGAAAGCUUUAAGUAUUAAUACAUCAGUCUUUGUCCUUUUGUGCAAAGAGGUGAUGGUUAUUACAAGCGACCUUGCUAACACUUUACCAUCAAGUAUUGUCUCUCUCUUGCAGGAAUAUGAUGAUGUUUUCCCCGAUGAGAUUCUAAGUGGACUAUCACCAAUUAGGGGAAUUGAACAUCAAAUCGAUUUGGUUCCAGACGCUUCACUUCCCAACAAACUAGCCUACAAGAUGGGACCGGAUGAAACCAAGGAGCUCCAACGCCAAGUAGAUGAGCUCUUGACAAAAGGAUGGGCACGGGAGAGUUUGAGUCCGUGCGCGGUUCCCGUUAUCUUGGUGUCUAAGAAAAAUGGAAGUUGGCGAACAUGCACCGAUUGUAGGGCUGUGAACGCGAUAACGGUAAAAUAUCGUCACCCUAUUCCUAGACUUGAUGACAUGUUAGAUGAGUUAUAUGGUGCUAUGAUCUUUACAAAAAUUGAUUUAAAGAGUGAUUUUAGUACCGUUACUGCACCUUUAACUGCUGUGAUUAAAAAGAAUGAGAAAUUUGUGUCGGAUGAUGUUCAAGAAUGUGCAUUUCAAAUGUUUAAACACCAACUCACACACGUACCUCUACUUGCAUUACCAUCUUUUGACAAAAUGUUUGAGAUUGAAUGUGAUGCAUCUGGGAUGGGUAUUGGCGCUGUCUUAAUGCAAGAGGGCAAACCAAUUGCAUAUUUUAGUGAAAAACUCAAUAGGGCAGUCUUGAAUUAUUCUACAUAUGAUAAAGAGUUGUACUCUUUAGUUCGUGCUUUAGAGACUUGGCAGCAUUAA